GAAAUUGUUUAUUUCACCUUCAAAAGAAAUAAACCUAGGGACAAGGUUGCCAACUUCAUUCCUAGAAUAAAACAUGAAGAAUUGCCGCUGGAUAUCUUGGUUUUCUCAAGACAGCAAAAACCAUGGAAGUGUGCGAGCUUGACUGAUGACAGAUUCCAGCAAGACUUAGGGAAAAUCACGGACUUGAGGAGACGUGAACAGGAAGAGAUGCCAUCCAAGAAGGAAGAACUUGCAAAACCC